AACCCCCACUCCCCAGCUAUCCUCAUCCUUUUACUACAAGCUCGCUGCAAAGGGAUGGUAAUGGUGGCUGCCACCACAACUGCUUCUCAUCUAACGUCCACUUUUCUUUCCACCCCAGACUUUUGUGGAUUAUCUCGGAGCUUACAAUGGCCACAUAUGCAGAGACGGUGUACAAGGAAAUAUGUUCCUGGGGCAAUAUCAGCUAGCAUUGAUCUGAAGCCUCCUCCUUAUGCACUGCAUGCUUUAGAACCACAUAUGAGCAAAGAGACGUUGGAGUAUCAUUGGGGAAAGCACCACAGAGCUUAUGUCGACAACCUAAACAAGCAAAUAGAGGGAACUGAGCUUGAUGGAAUGUCAUUGGAAAGCAUAAUAUCGGCUUCAUACAACAAAGGUGAUAUUCUUCCGGCCUUCAACAAUGCUGCACAGAUUUGGAACCAUGAAUUUUUCUGGGAGUCCAUGAAACCUGACGGUGGUGGAAAGCCUACCGGAGAACUUUUAGAGUUGAUAAAUAGGGAUUUUGGUUCAUUUGAAGGCUUAAUCAACAAGUUCAAGUCAGCUGCCACUACUCAGUUUGGUUCCGGUUGGGCGUGGCUUGUAUACAAAGAGCAUAAACUUGACGUACCAAAUGCUAGAAAUCCACGUCCAUCAGAGGAGGACAACAAGCUUGUUGUGGUGAAGAGCCCCAAUGCAGUUAACCCUCUUGUGUGGGAGUACCAUCCUCUCCUCACCUUAGAUGUAUGGGAGCAUGCGUACUAUCUCGACUUCGAGAAUCGUAGGCCUGAUUAUAUAUUGACAUUUCUCGAUAAGCUCGUAUCAUGGGAAACGGUCAGUUCCAGGCUUGAAGCAGCCAAGGUUCGAGUAGCAGAGAGUGAAAAAGAGAUGGCAGAAAUAGAUGCGGAUGAGGACUUGGAUACAAUAGAACCGGAGGACACGGAUAUGUAUUUUGGUAGUGAAGCUGAGGAUGCCGAGGAUUUUCUGGAUGACGAAUGAUGACAUUUUGAUGUGUUCAUAUGGUGAUUUUGUCAUUACACAAGUGCGAUUUUGUGUGGAGGAUGAAAAGAAUGUCCAUCAACAUAGAAUGCUUUUGGGCGGCUGAGUUGUCGGGAUAAUUGUAACCAUGUCGUUAUUAACUCGUGUCAAAAUUGUCCGUACGAUUGGAAAAAGGUAGACAUCCUUAGAACUCAUGUCAAAAUUGCAUAUGUAUUGUAGCACGUAUACUAGAUCUAUUAGAUGGUAUGGUUAUGAUAUUCAACAUAUAUUAGAAG